AUGCAAUCAAAAGACAAUAAUUCUAACAAUAAUCCACGAUAUCAAGAUAAUCUUAAUACAGCACUCAUAGUUGAAAAAUCUCCCAGUGGAAGAAUAAAAGUGCUGUCAAAUGACAGAGUUAUUUUGAAAAGGACAGAAUCAGGAAGGUUAUUGCCAUUUAAAUUGCCAGAUGGUCCUGCAUUUAAUGAAGAGCUAUCCGAGAAUGUACCUAGGUCCUCUGUUUAUGAUGUUCAAGGCAAAAUUUCUAUUCCGCCUUCAACAAUUGAGCAUGAAAUGGUCCAUGAGCCUAGUCGAAGUAUUGAUGAAGCGAAUUUCUUAUUAGAAUCUGCUCCACCUAGGCCGCCUGCUAAUGACGUCUCUUUCGCUGAUAUUUUACCCACGGAUCUUACUGAGGCACUGGCCAUUGAUUCGGGUAGCGAGGAAAGCGACGUUGAAGAAUACACUGAAGAGACUAUUCGUCAAAUUUUGGAGUCAAAUGACGAUGACAUUGAAGAAGAAGAAUUUCCGCCAGCAUUGACAGAUGGUGUCAGUUGGUCAAGUGACUUUCAAACUUUUACAGGUGUCCAGGAAUUUUACAGUGAGCAACCAGGACCUACAAUAACGUUAACUGAUCCUUUUGAACUAUUCUCUUCUGUGUGGGACCAAAAUAUCAUGGACUUAAUUGUACGCGAAAUGAACGAGUACGCAUGGCAGACAAUUGGACGACUUAGUGAAGUUGGGUUAAAACCAGAAUCAAGAUUAAACGACUGGGUGGAAGUCACCGUAGAGGAGCUCUACAAGUUUUUCUCCAUAAUGAUUUAUAUGGGCUUGUGUCACAGAGGACGAAUAGACGAAUACUGGACUACGGAUACUGUGACUCUUACUCGAUUUUUAAAAGAGCAAUGUGGUACUGAUGUACUUGGUACGCUAAAUCGGCGGCGAAAAGACACUCCUCCUGACAUAAAAGCUCUAGUUGAACGACGAAUAAAGAAGGAUGAAAUAGUCGCUAGACAUUGCUCAAAAAUCACUGUCUUGUCGUGGAAGGACGUCAAAUUAGUGUCUAUGAUAUCUACUUAUCAUAAUGCUGAUACGGCACCAGGGCAACGAGCAGGUGUAGCGUGCAAUAAACCGCUUGUGGUCCAUAGUUACAAUAAGUACAUGGGUGGGGUCGACUUGAAAGACCAGAAACUAUCCAUGUACUUAUUGGAACGGAAAAGGGGCCUAAAGUGGUACGUUGGUUCAGAAGACUACUAA